AUGAAUAAUUUGUUGGAGUUGUUUUUUCAAGAAGGAACAUCUUGUGCUGGUUCUGCAGCACUCCAAAAAUGUCUGGAAUCAUUCAUUAGUGAAUUAAUAUUCGAAGGCCUGCUGAAAGAACUCACCGACACUGCAGACAACCAUUUAAAAUGUUUGAUACUGGAAUGCAUCAAAAUUUUAAGCAGGGAUAAGUUAUUCAUUGAGCAUAUCUUGAAAGCAGGACACGUGCAGACUGUUCUUCAAUGUGCCCAACUUGCUUCAGCUCGUGUUCCCAAUGUGCAGGAAUUUGAAGUACAAUUGUUUGACAUGAAGCUACUGCACCUAAUAACCGGUCUCAACUCAGCAAUCAGCGAUGAUGAUCCAAAUAGAGAUUCACUACCAUUAAUUUCAUUGACCAUUCCCUGUCUCAGACCAAAACUACGCUACGACCUCCACGGACUGACCUACUUAAUAGAAGUUCUUGAUUUGAUGCUGCAGCCUGGAGAGGAGCCAAUCAGAUCUCUCGAUUCGUCGCACGUCAACUUGUGCAUUGAGGUCUUGAAGGUCCUGUUUAACAUCACGAUCGUCGAGGGCUCGCUGAAUGAGGAAGAAGAGGCUCACUUCAUGAGGUUGGUCAGCGUCCUACAUGACCUCCUCCUCUGCCCAGUACAAUCAGCCGAUAAGAAACACGAACUACAUUGCCACACAGUGCACCUGCUAACAGUAGUGCCCAGUGACUCGUAUGAAGAGCUGUUGACCCCUGCAGAGAUCAAGGUCACUCACCUGCUGACCUGUGAGGACAGUGAGUACGAGGGCAAGAACAUGGACGCCAUCAUCGUCCUCCUCGAAUUCCUCAAAAUUCAACUGGACAAGGCAAGCCCAAGUGGUGCAUCCAAUGAACUUCUCUGCCCUAUUUUGCACAGUUUAUGCCGCAUGUGUCGUGCCAACAGGAUCAUAAGGAAGUACUGUCGAAUGCAGAUUCUGCCCUAUCUCGGUGACGAGGUGAGGAAGCUGCCAGAGGAAGGUCACCUAUUGAGGAACAAACUGUGCAAGCUGUUCACCCACAACAGUUUUGAGAUUAAAAGUUUAUCGGCCGACUUCAUCUUCGUCCUCUGCAAAGAAAAUAGUGGACGCUUCAUAAAGUACACUGGCUACGGGAAUGCAGCGGGUUUGCUGGCAGAGAGAGGACUGAUGGCUGGCAUCAACAACAGCAGCUCUCAACCUCUCUACUCUAGCGAGUCUGAAGAUUCAGAAACUGAGGAGUAUGCCAAACUGAAGGAGAAUGUCAACCCGGUGACCGGUCGGUGGGAGGAGCCAAAGGCGAACGUGAUGGAUGACAUGAGCGAUGAACAGAAGGAAUAUGUGGCCAACGAACUACUGAACAAGAUCGACCAACUGCAGAGGUCGGGAGUGAUCAAGCCAAUGAAAGUCUCAGAGUCCGGUAGACCUGUUGUGGUUGAUUCGGUUGCCGAACUCGUUGAGACCUGCAACAUCAGAAGGUCAUCCAGCGAGGAUUCCGAUUAA